CUCAGUACCAACAAUACACGCGUCCUGUUUCUCUUAUUCUUGCAGUUAUCGGACCCCCACCGACUCAGAGAGAGAGAGAGAGAGAGAGGAGGGGACGGGGAGCGAGCGAGAUGGCCAUGGCUGCUGCUUUGAUUCUGCUCUUAUCUAUGCUUGCCCAUUCGAAUGCCGGUGAAGCUUUCGACGUUCGGCGACACCUCUCUACCGUAACCAGGUACGGCGUAGAGAAAGACCGUCCUGAGGGUUCAUAUGUGCCUACUGAGAUUCCAGAUGAAUGUAGUCCCAUCCACUUAAAUCUCGUGGCAAGGCAUGGAACUCGUUCGCCGACCAAGAAACGCAUCCGAGAGUUAGAUGGAUUGGCUGCACAUAUGGAAGUAAUUUUUAAUGCUGCAAAAGUUGAGGCAGAACACAAUGCACCCUUGAAAAAAGUUCCUGCUUGGUUGCAGGGGUGGGAAUCUCCUUGGAAAGGAAAGUCAAGGGGUGGGGAAUUGAUUAGAAAAGGAGAAGAUGAAUUGUAUGAACUUGCAGUCAGAAUCAGAGAUAGAUUCCCAAAUUUGCUAAAUGAGGAAUAUCACCCAGAUGUUUAUGUCAUAAAAGCAACACAGGUUCCUCGGGCAUCAGCUAGUGCUGUGGCAUUCGGCAUGGGGCUGUUUAGUGGAAAGGGCAGUCUAGGGCCGGGGCAUCAUCGAGCUUUUUCUGUUUCUAGUGAAAGCCGAGCAAGUGAUAUAUUACUGAGAUUUUAUGAUUGCUGUGAAAACUACAAGGGUUAUAGAAAAAGACAGGAGCCGGCUGUUGACAAGCUUAAGGAACCUAUAUUUGAUGAAAUUACCUCUGCAUUAACACUGCGCUAUGGGCUCAAUUUUACCAGACAGGAUACAUCAUCUCUCUGGUUUUUGUGUAAGCAGGAAGCGUCUUUGUUGGACAGAAUUGAUCAAGCUUGUGCUCUUUUCAGCCCAUCUGAGGUUAAUAUGCUGGAGUGGACGGAUGAUCUGGAGUUGUUUAUACUGAAGGGUUAUGGUAAAUCAUUAAAUUAUCGAAUAGGAGUGCCAUUGCUUGAAGAUGUUGUUCAGUCCAUGGAGGACGCUAUCAAGGCUAAAGAAGAAGGGCAUGCUCCUGGCAGUUAUGAGAAGGCAAGACUUCGAUUUGCACAUGCUGAGACUGUUGUUCCAUUCUCUUGUCUGCUUGGGCUUUUUCUUGAAGGAUCUGAAUUUGAACAAAUACAAAGAGAACAAUCCUUGCAACUACCUCCAAAGCCUCCCCUAAAAAGAAGUUGGAGGGGCAGCUUGGUGGCACCUUUUGCUGGGAACAACAUGUUGGUUCUAUACAGUUGUGCAGCCAAUGCUUCGAGCAAAUACUAUGUGCAAGUACUGCAUAACGAAAAUCCCAUGCCGAUGCCGGGUUGCCAUAAUUCCGACUUCUGUCCAUUUGAAGUUUUCAAGGAAAGAAUAGUUGCCCCUCAUAAAAAGCAUGACUACAACACAGUUUGCAGUGUAAAGUUGGAGCAACUAGAGGCAAAGUCCGCAACCACGGCUGGCUGACCAUCUAGCAGAGUUCGAUUAUAGAUCAAGCCCAUUGCUCAUGGGGACAAUAGCUUUUGUCACAACAUGAGUUUUAGCUGGUUUGAUCCUCUUCCCCUACUGAUCUAGAAGUCGACUGUCUGUAUGGUGUAUCUUGAAGUUGAUAAUACUAGUAUGGUUAUUUGUUGUAUGUGCAGACAGAUUUUUAAUUUGUAACACAAAUUGUUAUCAGCUUUGUUCUCUUUUUAUUCGGUUCUAAUCUGUGGUUAGGCUUAUUUAGUUGUGGAAACUGAUGCUUCUUCUUAUUAUUAUUAUUAGUAUUGUUCAAGGAAUUUACAAAAAAAAUGUCGUUUAUUUUCUAGUUUCUUGAAACAUUUAUAUGAACAUAGAAAAUAUUUAAAGGGCGGUUUCCUA